AUGGCAUCGGCAUCCACCUCCCGCCCCAUCUCGCGCCCCUCCCCCACCAUCCUCUACCACCCCUUCCAGCUCCUCCAGCCCAUCUACCACACUCUCAUCGACUACCUCUUCCUCAUAUCCCCGCUCUCCUGUCUGCGGCUUUCCCGAUACCACUACAAUCUCUACAUCCCCCUUCUGUACGACCGCGUCGUCAUCACAAAAGCAAAAGUCGACAUAUGGACGACGGCUUUGAAACGCGCAAAGCCGAGGGAUCUUGUGGAUGUUGCGGUGGUGAUGCGACAGUGCACAAAAGUGCUCACUCUUCCAGACUGGGAGGGGCUGCAUGGGAUGGUGUAUAUGUCAGAUGACAGGGUCGCCUUUCCGGGUGUCACUUCGGUGCUCGUCCCUCCACGGCUGUUUGCGGCCUGUCCAGAGGGGCGAAGAGCCGGGGUGAUGGAAGAUUUGGAGAUCCUCUUGAGCGAGCGAUGUGGGUCUGUCCGAAAUCUGGUCGUACAGCUCGGUGCAGUCGACGUCCGAACAGCCCUUCCCCAGCUCCACUCUCCCGCCAAACUCAACUUUCCCCAUCAUUGCCACCUCAACGCCGAAACGCUUACCGUCUGCGUACCCGUCAUCCCCGUCGGCGCCUCCGACCCUUUCGUAUGGCAAGACUACAUCAACAAUGUUGCCGACAUUGCUAUAUCUUGGGCUGUGAAGGGCAAGAUACGGUAUUUGUUCAAGAUGGACGACAAGACGUACAAGUCGCUCGAGUAUAGGCGUACGUUCUGCAUAGCCCUGAUCGGCAUCAUCUCCCAACUCGGCUCCUUCUUCACCCGCGCCCCAUCGUGUCCUAUCCAAAUCCAACUUCUCCUCUGUCAUCCCCUCGCAGAAUCGACGAUCGACUUUGUGAGGAAGAAUACGGUUCAGGUGCUGGCGCCGUCUUUGGGGGAGAAUAAGGCGAGGUUGAUGAGUUUCUUGGAUGAUAUGUUGGAGAUCAAGAAGGUAAGCGCGGAGGAGGCUAUGUGGGCUGUGGAGGGAUGGGACUGA